AUGGUAAAAGUGUAAAACAAAUGAAUACAUAGGUUCAUGUAUAUCAAGGUGCAAGGUUUAUCAUGAUAUUGAUAUGUAUUUAAAAAAAUAAAAAAAAAAUAGAAAUAAAAAUCACACAUUAGAAAACAUGAAGGAUAAUUUUUUUUUUUUGGGGAGAUUACCCUAUACGCGUCGUUUAGUUACGACCUUGAACAUCCUCGGAUAACAAACGACCAGUCUUUGGUCAGUGGUCAAGCAUUCAUUCCCACUGAUUAGGCUUACGCUUUACAACUUUCCGCGUUCAUUCUUUAUUUGAUGAGCAAUAUUCUUCCUUCAUUAACAAGUUAAUUCACUUAAUUUUACCCUUUUUCCAAAUAUCAUCUGGAAUUAAUUAAUUAAACAGCAAAUAUAGUAAUCAAAUUGUUUGAUGGAAUUCUGAGAAUAUAGGGUUCAUCAAUGGAUUUUGAUUUGAAUAAGAAGAGAAUUCAGCUUCUUCUCUUCAUUGUUGGAAUCAUCGUUCUCAGCAUUGUAGCUGAAAAAAGCAGGAAGCUUGUGGGGGAAGAAGCAGCAUCCAAGAGUGGGCAAUUUACUUUACUCAACUGUUUCGAUUUGGGAUCAGGUUCGUUAGCAUGCUCAGUUAAAGAGGGUGUGAAACUAUACGUCAACAGUUUUCAAUCUGCUCAUGUUGAGUUAGCCAGAAGCCGAGCAAUUGAGAGUACACUGAGCGAUGCAAUGUCACAGGGAUUGCAAGCCAAAGAUGCUGCUAAUCAAGCCGCCAAAGAAGGAAAAAAGGCUGCAAAAUUAGCGUCCCGACAGGCUAGGCGGAUUACAGGACCAAUCAUAUCUAGUGGGUGGGACUUCUUUGAAGCCAUUUACUUUGGAGGUACAAUGACUGAAGGCUUUCUCAGAGGAAGCGGGACCUUGAUUGGGACCUACUCUGUCGGAUUCCUCGGGGAACAGAGGCUUGGGAGGUUUGGCUACCUCCUUGGAAGCCAAGUGGGAAGUUGGGUUGGAGGAAGAAUAGGUUUAAUGGUCUACGAUGUGGUGAAUGGUGUCAACUACUUGCUUCAGUUUAGUCAAAGUGAGGUAAGUGAAUAUGAACCUCAAGAAGUAUAUGAAUCUCAAAAUGUUUAUGAAUCUCAAGAAGUUUAUGAAUCUCAAGAAAUUUAUGAAUCUCAAAAAGUUUAUGAAUCUGAAGAAUUGUAGGAUUCGCAUAAUUAACUUUCUGGCUUUUAGCUUAUCAAGAUUAUCUUUAGCAGAGAUGCAUAGCUGGAACUUGAAGCCAUUGUAAUACGAUUCUUUUGCUUGCAUUUUAUGUCAAUGAUAGAUAGAUAUAUGAAUAUCGAAUACAAGAUAUUGCUUACUGGAAAAAUAUAUAUUGUAAAUUCAUCAAGUAUUAAUACUAUGCUGUGAUCAGUAGUUACUGAAACAACUUGGA